AUGUUUAUACGAACAAGUAAGAAUCUCAAAGAAAUAAUAAUUUUUGAUGAUAAUGAACUUGCUUUGUUUCCGCCAAGUGCAAUGUUUGCAAAAUAUGAACCUGGAUUAUCUCAAUUAGUUACAUUAGAAUGUAAUAUUUAUGCACAUAAUAAUCUUAGUGCUCCAAUCACAUUAGAAUUUUUAAAGGCUUUAUCUACAAUAUGCGCUAAUAUUAGGAAAAUAGAUUUAUCAUUCAGAUCCAGUAAUCCGAGUGAAGAAUUAAUUACAUUUUGUUCCAACAUAAUCAAAGUUCAAAAGAAGUUAAAAAUCCUUCAUUUUAGUCAAGUAUUGGGAAACACUGGAAAAUUAAUUACGGCCUUAGAACAAAAACUUUUUUUAGAAUAUCUUAAAUUUUUCAAAGUGGAUUUUUCAACGAUAUCACCUUCCGAUAUAAAAGUACUCACACAAUGUAGAAAUGUGAAUAGUUUAAGAUUUAUAAAUUGUAGAGGGAUGACAUUAGAACAUUGUGCUUCAUUAUUAAAUUAUCCAUUAGAUAACUUGACAGACCUUAAGCUUUUAAGUGGAAGUUUUGAUUUAGAUAUUGUAAAUUUUUUGAUUGAUAUGUGGGGUCCAACUUUAAUAAUAUUAUAUUUGGAUCGGAUUAAAACAAAUAAACUAUCCAAUACAUUGAUAAACCGCUGUUCAAAGCUCAAAUCUUUAAAUGUCAACGUCAGAGAUGGAGAUGAAUUCUUGUUACCAUUUCUUAGUCAAUCAUCUCUCAUACAUUUGACUAUGGUAUCAUAUUAUACCGCAAGUUUUUCUUAUGAAUUGGGCCAACAUUUACCAACUACAUUAAAACAUUUAGAAUUAAAAAAGUAUUAUUUAGCUUCAGAAAGCUUUGACAAAUUUUUAAAAAAUUGCAAACACUUGGUUAAAUUAGAAAAACUUACCAUCGGAACUACUUCACCAAUGUUGGAUCACUAUUUAAGUCUUAGGGAGUUCAUUGAAUCUUGCAACAGUUUAAAAAUGAUUACAUUUUAUUAUAGAGAUUUCUUUAUAAAUGAUAUGGAGGAGGAAAAGAUUAAGGCCGUUAUUAAAGAAAUUACAAAUCUUGGUGUUCAUUGUAAGUAUUAUGGUUAUGAAGAUAGGUCUGAUGAUUAUUAA